AUGUGGUCUCUCUCGUCACUUAUCUUGGCUGCCGCGUCUUUUGCGGGCUUCCAACUGCAGGGAAUCGCUGCCGCUCCUACGAAUGGAACUCACUCAGGAUGUUGCCGCAACCCUCUCGUCAGACAUGAGUGGCGGCAGCUGUCCCUGGACCAACGUCUGGAUUACAUUCGCUCCGUCAAGUGCCUAAUGGCUCUGCCGUCAGAGGGAAACGAUCUUUGGCCUGGGGCAAAGUCUCGCUUCGAUGAUUUCCAGGGUAUGCAUAUCUACAUGACGCAGAAGGUGCAUUUUAACGGUCCAUUUCUCCCAUGGCAUCGUUGGAUGCUUUACCUGUACGAGUCUGAGUUACGCAACAAAUGCUCAUAUGACGGCGCACUUCCGUACUGGGAUGUCAGCCUAGACAAUACUGCGGAAACUUUCGUCAACUCGCCUGUAUUUGACAACGUUUACGGCGUCGGAGGCAACGGACCAUACAUCGAAGACGUGAGCGAUAAGGAUGAGUUCCCGGUUCAGAAGCCGAUUACAAUCCCGGGCAGAAGCGGCGGCGGCUGUAUUGUGGAAGGACCAUUUGCAAACCACACCGUCCCCAUGGGCCUUGGAUUAUCUGUCACCUCAACACCCCACUGCCUGCGCCGCGAUUUCAGUCUACCCAUCAUCACGAGUGCCCUUAGUGACGAGGUCAUCGACAAGACUCUCGCAGCGGCCACAUUUUCCGAAUUCAACCUGGCCAUUCAGGGGUAUAGCAUGCAGGUUAGCGGCAUGACUUUGCAUGCGGGCUUGCACAUUGGCAUUGGCGGUGCAGUUGGCGAUUGUGCUGACAUGUACUCCUCUCCCGGAGAUCCCGUCUUCUACUUCAUCCAUGGCGCUUUGGAUAAGGUUUGGAAUGACUGGCAGCACUGGCCCGCGCGCAAGACGGACAUCGGCGGCCCGGAUGUGAUAUUUGGUUAUCCGUUCAAUUACACCACGAAUCCCGCCUACGAGAAUAUCACUCUGCAGUAUCCCUUGUCUUACCCUAAUUUCGGCAAGGAUAUGAUUGUUGCUGAUAUGAUGGAUAUUCACGGGGGUCCUUUCUGCUACGAGUACAAAUGA